AUUAUCAGUUGCAGAUUUGGCUGCGGAUGGUGCUAGCUCAGCGCUGUAACCUUCCUGGCAACCAUAGCAACUAUUACAGUUCACCCUCCCAAAUUCCCCGUAGUGCUUCCCACGCUGUACAAUGACUUGACUCCAAUGUGCACUAUAUUAGCCACAGCUGGGUAUGCUGCCGCGAAUGCUAUAUUAUCAACGACCGUGGGCUGGUAGACCGCGGCGUAAAAUGGGUGCUUUUAUGGACAAACCUAAAACGGAUAAGGCAAUCGAGACAGGAUGCGGCAAUCAUAUUCGCUAUGCUAUUGGAUCGAUGCAGGGAUGGAGAGCCGAAAUGGAGGACACCCAUGUGGCCCGCAUCGGACUGGGUAAUAGUAAUUUUGCGGGAUGGUCGUUCUUCGCAGUAUUCGACGGGCACGCUGGCAAACAAGUAGCGGAUUAUGCAGCGCAGAAUAUCUUGUCCACCAUUCUGGGCUGCUCGGAAUUCCAUGAAGCAGCAUCUAGCGCGCGAACCGUCACAGAGAAAAACGAUCUCAUGCACCUGGUGUUCGCCAAAAGCUUCCUCACGCUGGACCUGCAAAUGCGCCGACUUCCGGGCGUUGCCAGCGGUGAAGAGCGAAGCGGCUCAACCGUAAUAUGUGCCUUAAUCGGUCCUGACACCAUUUAUUUCUCCAAUCUCGGGGACAGCCGCGGCAUUGCAGUAUCAAACGGAAACCUCAUGGUGGUCACGGAGGAUCACAAACCGUACCGCACUGAUGAGCAGAAGCGGAUUGUCACUGCCGGCGGCUCAGUGACUAUGCAGCGUAUUAACGGCAACUUGGCUGUUUCGCGCGCGUUAGGCGACUACGACUAUAAGAACCGCUUAGACCGCGGCCCGUUCGAGCAGUUGGUCAGUCCGGAACCGGAUCUAUAUCCACUACCGAGGAGGAACGAAGAUGAGUUUAUUGUAUUGGCCUGUGAUGGAGUAUGGGAUGUUAUGGGCAGUGAGGAAUUCUACCGGUUUGUUCGCUACCAGCUGCAAGUGACCAGCAGUCUGGAUCACAUCUGCUCCACCAUUCUGGACGUCUGCCUUGGAAGGGGUUCUCGUGAUAAUAUUACGGUUGCUCUUAUUGUGUUCCCUGGCGCACCGACCGUAUCCGAAGAAGUCAAAAUGUUGGAUCGCCAAUUAGACUACCAUAUUGAGCGUGCCGUUACCGAAAUCGUGGCAGCAUGCCCAGCGCCAACAGUGAUGGAUGCCGCGUCUCUUGUGCACUUGGUUGCCGAGUGUUUAGAGGAUUUUAAAACCAAAAUUCCGGAUGGUAGUGGAGGUGCCCGAAAUAAGCGGAUGUUAAUAGAAAAGCUUUGGAGACAAAUGCGACCAGAUAAACCCCUACGACCCGAUUGUGGCGAAGUAUCGACUGCUACCGUUUUAAAAGUGAUGGGAAACCGAAACUUAGCCUCGAGGUUUCCCUUUAAGUCCCUCGUAAAGAACCGCACCAACUUUACGGAGGCAAACAAAAGCAACCGCUUUGCUACGAAAAGCAGUGUAGAACGGCUAGAAUUGACCGUAGAACCGAAAGACAGCCAUGUAAACGAUAGAAAGAAAGGCGAUGCCGCAGAGAUUUCGCGUAGAGUCUGACAUUGUUGUAAAGGACGCUGUGCUAUAUUGCUAGUAUGUUCUGCUGUUGUGUUUUAAAUUUUAUCCAGUCUUAUGUGGAUUAGUAAUAGUAUUAUGUGGAUUACUAAUUCAGGCUUACCUCAGAAUCCAGUGUAUAUAAAUGAAAGUACGUCGCUGU